AUGUUGAACCGGCAAUGCAGAGCAGCCCUGCAGUCUUCGCAGCGUCUAUACGCCACUUCGCGAUACCAUCUUGCCGCCUCUUGCAACUACUCGACCGCUCCUCGUCGCAUUCCCUUGACGCCGCUGUCUCUUCGCCACUCGUCCCUCGCCGCAUCGCGUUCGAUUCACACUACUCCUUCUCGCAGGAAAGAUGAUUCAUCCAAGAAACUCGACCCAGAAGAGGAGGUACAAGACCAAGAGAACAAGGACACCAAGGAUCGCAAGGACUCGCUAGAGCCUAUCAAGGAAGAUUCGCGUGCAAAGGAACCUACACCCAUCCCCGACGGCCGAGGUGCCUCUUCGGCAGGAGGCGACGGAGCACCAGCAGGCGGCGACAGCGGAAGUGGUGGCAGCGGACGUAAGCGCAAGGGCGGCGAGAAGGGCCUCGUCAAGCCCACCGUACCCGAUGUCUACCCUCAAGUCCUCGCCAUCCCAAUUGCACAACGACCGCUGUUCCCUGGCUUCUACAAGGCCAUCACCAUCCGCGACCCCAAUGUAAUUGCCGCUGUGCAAGAGUUGCUCAAGCGUGGUCAGAGCUACGUUGGUGCCUUCUUGCUAAAGGAUCCCGAUUCCAACACAGAUGUCAUCAAUGACCCUAGCGAAGUCUACGAUGUUGGUACCUUCUGUCAGAUCACCGGAGCCUUCCCCGCCGGUCACGGUGACGAGAAGGCCCUUCAGGCCGUCCUCUACCCUCACCGCAGAAUCAAGCUCACCGAGUUGAUGCCUCCUAAGAAGGGCGAGACUACUACUGAAGAAGCUCCUGCUGUUGCCACCGCUACCAUCGAGGCCGCCGAGAAACCCGAGACCGACGUCGAGUCCAAGGGCGACGUGACCGCUAGCUUCGAGGAAUCUCACGUCGAGACCCCUGGCGAGAAGAAGCAGGUCGCUCAGUACGAGCCUACCGACUUCCUCAAGACAUGGCAGGUCAGUUUGGUCAAGGUCGACAACCUCGCCGACGAGCCCUUCGACAAGCGUGCUCCCACCAUCCGCGCUCUGAUCUCCGAGAUUGUCAACACUUGCAAGGAGAUUGGCAGCGUCAACCAACUCUUCCGCGAUCACGUUUCCGCCUUCGCCAUGUCGCAAUCUGCCGCCAACAUCGCCGACGAACCCGCCAAACUCGCCGAUUUCGCCGCUGCCGUUUCUGGUGGCGAGAUGGAGGAAGCACAAGAAGUUCUUACCAGCCUAAACAUCGAGCAGAGACUCAGCAAGGCUCUUGAGAUCAUUAAGAAGGAAUACAUGAACGCUCAGCUCAGCAGCAAGAUUAGCAAGGAUGUUGAGAGCAAGAUCCAGAAGCGUCAGCGCGAGUACUGGCUCAUGGAGCAGAUGAAGGGUAUCAAGCGCGAGCUCGGUCUCGAAAGCGACGGCAAGGACAAGCUGCUCGAGGGCUUCAAGGAGAAGGCUACAAAAUUGGCUAUGCCCGAGCCUGUAAAGAAGGUCUUUGACGAGGAGAUUAACAAGCUAGCUCACCUCGAGCCUGCUGCUUCCGAGUUCAACGUUACAAGAAACUACCUCGACUGGCUGACUCAGAUUCCCUGGGGCAAGCGCAGUGCUGAGACCUUCGGCAUUAAGAAUGCUAUGAAGGUACUUGACGAAGACCACCACGGUCUGAAGGACGUAAAGGACCGUAUUCUCGAGUUCAUUGCUGUCGGCAAGCUACGUGGCACUGUCGAGGGUAAGAUCUUGUGUAUGGUCGGUCCUCCUGGUGUCGGAAAGACCAGUAUCGGAAAGUCGAUCGCUCGCGCUUUGAACAGACAGUACUACCGCUUCAGUGUUGGUGGUCUGACUGAUGUCGCCGAAAUCAAGGGUCACCGCAGAACUUACGUUGGUGCCUUGCCCGGUCGCAUCAUUCAAGCUCUCAAGAAGUGCCAGACUGAGAACCCUCUCAUCCUUAUUGAUGAAGUUGACAAGAUUGGACGUGGCCACCAAGGCGACCCUUCAUCAGCUCUUCUCGAACUCCUCGACCCCGAACAAAACAGCUCUUUCCUCGAUCACUACAUGGACGUCCCUGUCGAUCUUAGCAAGGUCCUCUUCGUCUGCACAGCGAACAUGACCGACACAAUCCCUCGUCCUCUUUNNUUGGAUCGUAUGGAAAUGAUCGAGCUCUCUGGAUAUGUCGCAGAUGAGAAGAUGGCAAUUGCCGAGCGCUACCUCUCGCCAGCCGCCAAGGACCUCUCUGGUCUCAAGGACGUGGAUGUCGAGAUUGAAAAGGAAGCCAUCGCCGAACUCAUCAAUAAGUACUGCCGCGAAUCUGGUGUGCGUAACCUGAAGAAGCAGAUCGAGAAGGUGUACCGCAAGUCCGCACUCAAGAUCAUCCAAGACCUCGGUGAAGAUGCUUUCGCCGAGGAAAAGGCACNNCUCACACCCGAAGGCAAAGAAGCACAAGAAGCAGCAGCAAAGGACACUUCAGACGUUAAGGACACUCCCCAAGACAUUGAGAAGGAGACCACAGAAACACCACGUGUCGCUCUUUCCGUACCAUCAUCUGUAAAUGUCCGCGUUACCAAGGACAACCUGAAGGACUACGUCGGUCCCCCAGUCUUCACAGCCGAUCGCCUUUACGAAACCACCCCUCCCGGUGUUGCCAUGGGUCUCGCUUGGACAUCUAUGGGCGGUGCAGCCCUCUACGUCGAAACAAUUCUCGAAUCCGCAUUAUCAGCACAUUCCCGCCCCUCUCUCGAACGUACCGGUAAUCUUAAGGCAGUAAUGAAGGAGUCGACUUCCAUUGCAUACUCAUUCGCAAAGGGCUUCUUGGCUCAACGCUUCCCUGACAACAAGUUCUUCGAGCAUGCCCGAGUACACAUGCAUUGUCCUGAGGGUGCUGUGCAGAAGGAUGGACCUAGUGCUGGUAUUACCAUGGCUUGCUCCCUCAUCUCACUGGCUCUCGGAAGAAGUCUGGAGCAGACUGUCGCCAUGACUGGUGAACUUACUGUUACUGGCAAGGUCCUCAGAAUUGGUGGUCUCAGAGAAAAGACAGUAGCAGCGAAACGUGCUGGAGCUAAGAUGGUUAUUUUCCCCAAGGACAACCUGAGUGAUUGGAUUGAGUUGCCUGAGAACAUCAAGGAAGGUAUUGAGGGCAGACCAGUAGCAUGGUACAACGAAGUCUUUGACCUUGUCUUCCCCGGCGUCGACGCCAAAGCAGCAAACAACAUGUGGAAGCAGCAAUUGAAANAGGAUAAGAAGGACAAGAAAGAUAAGGAAGACAAGGAUAAAGAGUACGACUCUGACUAG